UCAAAGAUCAGCUGAAAAGUCUGACAUGAAAAUUGAAAGUGCAUUAAAAGCCAGCAUUUGUGACAGAAGGUAGACUGAGACAAACGUGGCAGCCAUACAGCAGAGAUCUGAAAUGUGAAAAAUAUUACAGGAUACAGCAAACAUCUUGACAGGGUGUUACUGAGGAGUAUGUAAGCUUCCUAUUUUACCCCGGUUUGAGCUCUGAAGCAACGUUUUGGGCCAAGCAGAAAGCAGGAGUUCAAGUCAGAGAAGAUUGCAACAUGUGGAGAAGUUUCCAAAUAGUCUAGAGGAAAGUGACUCGCAUGAACUGAACCAGCCCAACACAUGGCGGUUCACAGUCAGGUUAAUGGGACGACAGCCAUACCGUGGAGGAGCAGCAGGAGGAGGCUGUCGCUCCUGGAACAGCUGAGGGGCUGUCAGGAGGCCUGGUGCCCCGGGCCACCCUGGGACAGAGAGGCGGUCCAUGCUGCUAUCUGUGGAACACCUGCUGGGAGUUUCCUUAUUGUGCGGGACUCUGCGACGUCUCAGCCCAGCCUUCUUUGUGUGUCUGCUGGAGGACAGGAUGAAGCAGUUCUUGAUUAUUAUAUCAAAUGCACAGGCACAGUCUUCCAGCUCUCUGACUCUCGUCUGUCUUUCUCGGACUUGGCUCAGCUGGUGAUCUUCUACUCUUUGACCAGAGAUGUGUUGGCUCUUUGUCUAUCUUUUCCUCCGUGGAUCUCUAGUGUAACCGAGAGGAGCAAAGUUCGUCUCUCUCAGCUUGAACCCAAAACUUGGCUUUGUUCACCGGCUGACUUGCAGACUGAUGAAAUGACUCACAGGGAGCCAAGCACUGUAAUGUGCUCCAUACAGCUAACAUCAGCCAACGGAGCCCUGUGUGUCAUCAAUCCCCUCUACCUUCGUGAACAUGGAGACGAAUGGCUAACAAGUAGUACACCUGAUGUUAAGUCUCCCACACAGCCAUCAAAAUACAGGCAAGAGCGACGCCUAAGCACCACCCGUAAAUGGGCAGGGGCGGGGAUACAGAGUAAACGAGCCAUCUCGUUGGACCAGGAACCUUCUUCUGCCAUUUCUGACAGCUCAGGUCUAAUCAGAGCAAAAUCAGCAGAUUCACCACCAAUCUCCAUACCAGCAGGGGUGGUCCUCAGGAGACCCAGCCGUGAUGCUACCCCCAGCCUCACCAACAGAGCGAGCACUGGGAGCAUGCCCACCUCCCCUGUCAGGUGUGACAGCCCAGCAUCUGAGCUGCAGCCCCAUGGCAGCCCAGUGCCCCAGUCUCCUCAUAGGGUCUCCUGGAUUGAGGAUGGAGUCUGGCUGCCUCCACCCAGGCCUUCCUCCUUCCUCCAGCCCCCGUCACUGGAGCUCGAUUCAUUGUCAAUCAGCAGCAUAGAGGAAGAGCAGGAGUUUCAGACACCAAGCCCUACACCCCACUGCCCGUCAGCACACCGGUUGGCUGACAAAGUCAUACAUCGCCUCUCGGCGGUAGGCCAGGCUCUUGGUGGGCUCGUAAGUCAGAAGAAAAGACUAAUCAAUCGUGUGCAGGAGAUGAGCGAGCGUAGAGGUGGGGCAUUUGCAGAUGCUGUAAAAGGAUUCGUGGAGAUGACGAUGAAGAAAGGGGCUGAUCCUAUGGGGGUCACAGGGUCAGAGUUCUUACAGGAAGUGAGGUCAUCGCUCACGUCACUUAGGGAGACAUUGUUGGAAUAUCCAGAAAUCCAGGCAAUGUUGGACUGCAUGACUGACUUAAAUGACGCAGAUAUAGACUCUGUGGUGGAGCUCGCCCUGCACAAGGUAGCUCUGAAGCCUGUGGCCACACACCUUUACUCCUGCAUUCACAUCUCUCGUACCAAUGACGGUAGCCUCCAGCAACUUAAGAACAACCUGCAUGUGCUGGAGGAGUAUGGGGUGAAGGGGCUAGGGGGGUCAGCGGGAGUCGGAGUUCCUGACUCCGUGACCCUGGACCGGAUCCAGCAGAAGUGGGCUAGUAUGCAUGAAGCCUACUCCCCGAACAAGAAGGUCGAAGCCCUGCUCAAAGUCUGCAAGAGUAUCUACCAUAGCAUGAAUUUCAAUGCAUCCUCAGGUACAGUGUUUGGAGCAGAUGACUUCCUGCCCUGUCUGACAUGGGUGCUGCUGCGUAGUGAAGUGGUCACCUUACAGCAAGACACAGACUACAUGAUGGAGCUGCUGGACCCCACACAGCUACAGGGAGAGGGAGGCUACUACCUUACAACUCUAUACGCCUCUCUCUACUACAUCAGCAGCUUCCGGCCACGCUUGGCUGCCCGUCAGCUCAGCGUUGAAGCCCAACACUCUCUCAAUCAGUGGCAUCGCAGGCGUACUCUCCACUGCAACCAAUCUCGUCGCAGCAAGAACCGACGGACCAUUCGCAGACAGGCAUGCCGUGACAGGAGCUCACUGGACUCUGAACGAAAGACUGAGAGUAAAGAAGAAAGUGAGAAAGAAAAAUGUUCUGUUGAUGUUGAUGAGUGUCAGCAGAACAAAUGCUCUGCAGAUGCUGAAGCAGGCGACAGCGUGAGGACAGCAGCAGCAGACUCUGCUGGAGGAGAUGAAGACAAUGGAGGACUCUAAGGCUAAAUAGGAAGAAAGGAUCUGAGAUAACUGUGUGACUACAUGUUGGGAGGUGGUGAAAUUAUCUCGACAUUUUUUCGCUUGGUCAAACCCUGCCUGAAGCUCUCACAUAAACUCAGCAUAUCCUGUCAUGCGCAUAUGCCACAGAGAGCUAUAAAUCAGUGUCAUUAUCACACUGAAUUAUUAAAGGUUGUGUCACUCAUACUGUAGUACAGUAUUUGUUUGAGGAUCAGCGGUCAAGAUCUAAAAGGGAAAAAGAAAGGCAAAAAAGAGAGGUAUUCAUGUUUUGUGGAAACCACAAUAAAAAAAUUGAUUGUUGUUUUCAGCUGAUACUUGGGUGACUUUUGUACAUUAAAUAACUGAUCACAUUGAUCCAUUAAUAAUAUAUUCCCAGUCACCAGCCAUCAGUCCACUUUUUCCUCAGAAAUGUUGUAAACAUAAGAAAGCUUAGAUCUUAUUUGAUGCAGAAACAUGUUCAUGUUAAGGUGCUUUUAAAUUUUUUAAUGUGCAAAAUGGGUUGGAAUUCUUUUAUAUGCUUAUUAAUUUAAUGUAAUGUAAUUUUUGAUUUGUGAAACAUUAAUAUUAAGGUAAUAAUAUGCAAAAACAAUAAAUGAAUAAGACAGAUAGUUUUUGUUUUACGGCAGCUUCUGCUCCUACCAGAAUUUCCUGCAACAUCAGACAAAGGCAAAUAACGUUAGCGCUUAGCUAGUGAACACAGUGGAGCAUUUCACAGCUAAAGAUGCAGAUAUUUCACUCAGGGGAUGGCGGAGACCAAAACAGACCUAAAAAGAAAGUUUGGAUUUACUUUGAUCAUUCGACCAGGUAGAUAACUGGUCAAAUAUCUUGUGAAAGAUGUUUUUUGUAUGCUUGUGGAGUUCUUCUGCCUCAAAGAUGAUCUUAA